CGAUGAGCCUCGUCCCCCGGCCUGCCCCUGCCGGCUGCCGGUCCGCGCGGGCCUCACGGCGUGACCUGAGCCUCGUGGCGUGGCGGGCCCCCGCGGCGCGACGCGGGCCCUGAGCGGGAGCGGCGGUGCCUCCCGCGGCCCAGGCCUCGCCCUCCCGCGCUCCUCGAUGUCUCCCCGGCGGGGAGGACGCUGCCUGCGACACCCGCCGAGCGGCGCCCCCCGGAGCGCCCCGCUGCGGCCCCGCGGGGACGAUGAGGGCGGAGGGCGCCGACCACUCGAUGAUCAACCUGUCGGUGCAGCAGGUCCUGAGCCUCUGGGCCCAUGGCACGGUGCUGAGGAACCUCACGGAGAUGUGGUACUGGAUCUUCCUCUGGGCUCUCUUCUCCUCUCUGUUUGUCCACGGUGCUGCAGGCGUGCUGAUGUUUGUGAUGCUGCAGAGGCACAGGCAGGGCAGAGUCAUCUCCAUCAUUGCUGUCAGCAUCGGCUUUCUGGCUUCUGUAACUGGAGCAAUGAUUACUAGUGCAGCAGUGGCAGGCAUCUACAGAGUGGCUGGGAAGAACAUGGCCCCCCUGGAAGCCCUGGUGUGGGGCGUGGGGCAGACUGUACUGACUCUUAUCAUCUCCUUUUCAAGGAUCCUCGCGACACUUUGAGGUUCUGAGGGAAUGUCUUCUUAACUCAUGAAAUAGAUGUACAGCUUCCCCAGAAAUGGCGUUGUUAACCAGCUGAAAUGAAAUUUACAAGCAGGGACCCAGCAAGUCAAAACCUAGGGAAGACCUUGAGCCGUGUGGAAAGCCUGCCCUCUGGCGUCCAAGAGAUUGCACUACCGCAUUGCACCUUAUGUGCCUCCGUUCCAGGCAAGGUGCACAUGACACUCCGUGAAGCUGCAAGAAAAAGCACCUUGUUUAGCUGCCAAUCAGGUUAACAUUGGUGUUGAAAUCAUCAUUCUCAACAGUGUUCUGUUAAGUUACAGGGACGUUUUGAGAAAUUGAUCUAUGUGCCAAACUUUUCUUUCUGUUAACAUUGAUCAUGUGACAGUUUGCAAGUGGAGACGUAGGUGAGUGCUGUGAAAAUACUUGACAUGGAUUCAGGAAACAGUCAGACUUUGUCUUGUAAUGCUAACUCCCAUAUAAAUGCCGAAUACCAGGCUUUCAGUA